AUGGAUCAGGGCAGAUCUUUGAACAGUGACAGCACCAUAAUCGCCAAAUCCUUCUUCUUGUCUCUGUUCGGCCUGGGCGCUUUUGUCUCUGCUCACACACCACCCUCUGACCUGGCAUUAAUCAAAGCCCACCAACACGUCACCCAAAAAUGUUCCCCAAAAGUUGGCCAAAUGAAGCUCGCCCACACCCUCCGCCGCUGCCGCCUCUCCAUCGACUCUGGCACCGCCGAAACAGACUACACCGUCCAUGCCCAAGCUCCCAAAUACGACUUCAUCCGGAAUCAGACCAGCAUCCUGACCCCCCGAAACCAGUAA